AUGGCAGCGCCCGUGGCGAUCAGCAGCAAGGACGUGGAGGCCUUCCUGGCGUCGUGCGCGGCGUCGAGCGAGGCCGCGUACGGCGCCGCCGAGGCCGUGCUCCGGCGCCUCCAGGACCCCGCCUCACGUAGCGGGACGCGCCGCCUCCUCGGCGCCGUCCGACGCCACUUCGCCGAUGGGCAGGAGGACGAAUGCGCCCGCACCUUCCACUUCCGAAUCCGCGAUGUCCUCCUCGACCCCCACCUCCAAGGUUCCCUCCCUGCUCUACACCUCCCUCCUCCCCGCAAACCCAGAACCUUUCGCCGAUUGGAAAAUCAUGUAUUGACCCGGUUACGGCCAUCCAUCGAUCAGUAAUUCGACGAUAACUAAAACCUUGGAUCCCAGCAAAGAAAGAAGCUAACAGUCAUGGAGAUUCCUAGCAUUUUCAUUUCUGAAGAUUGGUGCUUCGCUUUCUACGAGGGCCUCAAUCAGCUUCCAGAUCAUGUUUUCAGGGAUAAGACAGUUGCAGAGCUGGAAUGUGGCAAUGGUUGGAUAUCCAUUGCGCUUGCAGAAAAGUGGUCCCCUUUGAAGGUAUAUGGUCUGGAUAUUGACCCAAGGGUUAUCAAGAUUGCAUGGAUAAAUCUUUACUUGAAUGCACUAGAUGACGAUGGUCUCCCAAUCUAUGAUGGGGAGGGGAAAACAUUACUUGAUAGAGUUGAAUUCCAUGAGUCUGAUCUUCUUGCAUACUGUAGAGACAACAAGAUAAAACUUGAUUGCAUUGUUGGAUGCAUACCACAGAUUCUUAACCCCAACCCAGAGGCCAUGUCUAACAUUAUAACUGAAAAAUCAAGUGUUGAGUUCUUGUACUCCCUGAACAACUACUAUGAUCUUCAGAGUUUUGCUGAAGACCAAUUUGGCCUCGGGUUGAUUGCUCGGGCAGUUGAAGAAGGGAUAGCUAUCAUAAAGCCUAUGGGUAUUAUGAUAUUCAACAUGGGAGGCCGACCAGGUCAAAGCAUCUGCGAACGCAUAUUUCUUCGCCGUGGAUUACGCAUCAAUAAGCUCUGGCAAACAAAAAUUAUGCAGGCUAUCGACACAGAUAUUUCAGCUUUAGUUGAAAUUGAGAAAAUGUGCCCUCAUCGCUUCGAGUUUUUCAUGGAUCUUCAUGGGGAUCAACCUGUCUCUGCACGCACUGCCUUGGCAUACAUGAAAUCUGGUGGCCAUGUUUCACAUGCUUUCUACGUGUAUAGCUGUCAACUUCGCCAACCUAACCAGGUGAAGAAACUAUUUGAGAUUGUUAAAAAUGGAUUGCAUGAAGUCAGCAGCUCCCUCGAUUUAUCCUUUGAUGAUGAUUCUGUUGCCGCUGAAAAGAUGCCCUUCCUAGUACACCUAGCUAGUCUUCUGAAAGAUAAUAAGCCCAUUCCUUGUGAACCUCCAGCUGGAUGUUUAAACUUCCGGAAUCUUGUCGUGGAAUUUAUGGACUGCUACCACCACAUACCAUUAACUCCUGAUAAUGUUGUUGUAUUCCCUUCCUGCGAUGUGGCAAUAGAAUAUUCUCUUCGACUGUUCUCUCCAGCACUUGCAAUUGUUGAUGAACAUCUGACCAGGUACUUGCCCAAGCAAUGGUUAACAUCUUCAGCAAUUGAGGGGAGAGCAGAUUGUAACCAUGCUGAAGACGCAGUCACUGUAAUUGAAGCACCGGCACAAUCAGAUUUGCUGAUUGAGUUGGUCAGGAAACUGAAGCCUCAGGUUUACUCUGGCAUGGAAGUUUGUUUUGCCAUUUCUGAGACAGCUGUAUGUAAGGCAUUAUCACAAACUAUUGAGCUAUUGGAAGGACACACUUCUGUGAUCAGCCAGCACUAUUAUGGCUGUGUUUUACAUGAGCUGCUGACGGUUCAAACCGGUGAUCGUCAUCCACAGAAAGAGAGACAACCUGCAGAAGUGAAACCACAAAUGAUGAUAGGAUUUUCCAAUUCAGCUAGGUCUACCCUAGAAGAAGCUGAAUUUUUCGUUCCUGAUUCCAAGGAUUCUAGUGUCAUUCAUAUGGAUUUAGAUCGAAGCUUCUUGACAGUACCUUCUUCAGUGAACACCUCCAUUUUUGAAAGUUUUGUGAGGCAGAACCUCACGGAUUCUGAAACUGAUGUUCGUUCUAGCAUUGAAAAGCUGGUGAGAGAUACCUAUGGUUUCCCAGGAGACGAUUGUCCCGACAUUGCAGAAGUCAGUUACCAACAAGGCACCUUCCUUUUCCCCUUUGGCACAAAUGGGCACUAUGUCAAACUGGCGAAGUUUUUGAAUGCAAAAACCUUGACAAUUCCAACAAAUGUAGAUUCAGGCUUCAAGAUUGAACCGAUGGCGUUAGGCGCGGCUCUAGAGGAUGCAUAUGAGAACAAGAAUGUAACUCGGGCAUGGGUAUAUAUUUCUGGCCCUACAAUCAACCCUUCUGGUUUCCUGUACAGUGAUGGUGAGAUAAAAGAUCUGCUUUCCGUUUGUGCUCAACAUGCAGCUAGAGUAGUGAUAGAUAUCUCCUUCUCUGGUCGUGAGUUUCAAACUGAUGGCUGGAGUCGGUGGAAUUUGAGUAAUUUGUCUUAUGAUAUUUGUUUAUGCCCCCCACUCAGUUAUUUUAUGCUUGGAGAGCUGUCUCUUGAGCUGACCACAGGUGGGCUUGAAUUUGGAUUCCUGAUUUCGAGUAAGCCGUCUGAUGUGGAAGUUAGUUUCCGAAAUUUGAGUCAACCACAUAGCACACUGAAGUACACUUUCGGAAAACUGUUGGGUUUGAGUCAGCCGUAUAGAAUAAGCACACGGCACUACAAUUUGAGAGAACUGUUGGGUCUUAAGAACGAGUGGGAUGGGCCGUUCCCUAAUCCCAUCAUGGAGCAAAAGGAGAAACUGAAGAGUCGUGCCAACAAGUUGACAAAGGUUAGUACUCUGUAA